AUGGCUGGGAAACGUGCUCGUGGUCGUAGACGGACUAUUUCAAAGGUCGAGAGGAAGAGGAGCAAGGCAAUGAUUGAACGAAGUCUGAUCUUACUCAACAAUCAUGCUUCAGUAUUCCGAAAUGAGGUGCACAUGCGCGCCCAGUCAAGUACCGAAAAUAUCAAGGAAACUGACGGAUUUGCUGAACACUUAUCCGAUAAAAAAGAAGAAAUUGUUCCAUGUUCAGGAAAUACAGUCGAAGAAGCUACUGUUGAAUUUUCACUGAUGAAGUGUCCAUAA